CUCUCUCUCUCUCUCUCUCUCUCUCUCUCUCUCUCUCUCUCUCUCUCUCUCUCAAAUGAAAUGCAGAUAUGUUGGUGAUCCUUGAUGUAAUACAACUAUGAUAUAAAAGCACAGGAGUUUUAUUGUUGUACUAGCAAGUGAAAAUAUGCGCUUGCUGGUUAUCCUGAGAAGCAAGAUUUAAUGCCUUAACUUCCUGCUGCCCGUGUAAUGGAAACAGGUCAGAGCAAACGGAAGCGUUCCACGCUGUGUCUUCAAAAGUGAGGGCGAGGCUAUAAACGUGCCACACAACUGCCUAUGUCAUUAGCAUGAGCUCUGAAAUGCUCAGAGGCGCUGUGUUAAGCAGUGCGAUAGUCUGAGACCCUGACACAACCGCUUGGUUUUGAGGACUGAACGAAAAAAGGGAAGAAAGAAAAAAAAUACGGCUUUUUGUAAAUGGUGUCUCCUUUGUUCACAACGACCGUAUAAAUUUCAGGUCUGUGCUAAAAAGAGGAGAGAUACCGUACAGCUGAAUGCACAAGUAUGGACGCAAGUAUAAGACUCCUGUGCUGCCUAACAUGGUUCUGCAUUUGCCUGAAGUUUUUGUCAGGAGCGCCAAACUUGUGUCCGCCAGGUCAUGAGAAAAAAUACGGGACUGGCAACUGUGUACCCUGCCCAGACUACGCGUUCCAGUCAACACCCAACAACGGAAUUUCUUGUAAAAACUGUCGAACCUGUGAAGAAGCGCGGGGAAGUGAGUUUAUUUCGAAGUGCACGAGCACGGCGGACGCAGAGUGUCGAUGCCGCGAGGGAUUUGUCGCCAGAGAGAAAGACCAGAGCUCCUGCAAGUGUGACAGGGGUUCUGAGCUGGAUGAGACAGGAAAGAAAUGUGUAAGAUGUCAACAAGGAAAAUUCAACAAUAUUGCUGGCAAAAAGUGCGAAGACUGGACCAAUUGCGGGACCCGGGGAGUGAGGAAACCGGGCUCUCACACUUCGGAUGUGGAGUGUCACGACGACCCGGGGAACAACCGGACAUCCAACCCCCAGGAUCCUUCUUCUGUCUCGGGCCUCGACAACAAGAAGCACGUCACCUUGUCUGCAGCCGUGGCCAUGACGUCUCCCCAAACCACCGCCUCCGCCUCCCCUUCCGUCACUCCACCCACCACCGCCUCUGCCUCCGCAUCUGUUUCUCUGAGUGCAGACACACCUCCAGUCUCGAAGCCUGGAGGUAUUUCUCAUCGCAUCCCGUAGGCAGUCACCAUGAGGGCAAAAUAAGAAUAAUAUAAUGGCUGGAUAUGCAUAUGCUAAAAUACGUUUUUUAUGUUGGCAAUGUAGUAUAAUGGGUAAGGAGUUGGUCUUGUAACCUACAGCUCAGUGGUUUGAUUCCCAGGUAGAACACUGCCGUUGUACUCUUGGGCAAGGUACUUAAUCUGUAUUGCUUCAGUAUAUAUCCAGCUGUAUAAGAAAAUGUAAAUGAUAUGUGAAAGUUGUGUAAGUCGCUCUGGAUAAGAGCAUCUGCUAAAUGCCUGUAAUGUACUUUGUUCAUAUUGCACAAGUUUUGUUUUUCAGUUAUUGUAUUUACAAUAAAUUCCUUUCAACAGCUUUUGGCUUGAGUUGUUUAUUGCCUAGUGCAGUGGAUGUGUGAAGCUGCACUGUAAACCUGAGAUUGCUGAAUGCUUCUGCCUUCUGCAGGUUUCCCUGGUUACGCCAUUGCUGUGCCACCAAUUCUCCUUCUCAUCCUUCUGUCUCCUGUCAUCUGCAAGCACCUAAUCGUUCCUUUCACCCAGAACUACAAGAAGAAGGCAGACACUCCCUGUCGCAGACCCGUGGAAGAGAGCGGAGACAGCAGCUGCUCCUCGCUAGUCAAGUCAUGCCAGGGUCAGCCGUGACAUCGUACACGUGUCCUGCUACCCAUUGGGAACACUCAGCAUUUCAGUGAGUGUUUCCUGGCCUCCUUGUGGGUGGCUGUCUUCCCCACAAUUCAUUAAUGGGUAUAGCAGGAACGCCUCAGUGCUUAAGGCUAUUCUGUGUUAAAUACGAACCCCAAUAAAGACCCCCAUCAUGGGUAUGGCAAUCGUGUAGAAAAAAAGAAGCUUUUAGGGGGUCUCCACUACUUCACCCAUAUUUUAAUUACAGCAGACCUUCAAGCUGUCUACAGUCUUUGACUGAAAUAUUUAAUGCAACUGUGAUAUUGGUAAUCGGCUGUUUUUGCUUGAUUUACUCUUUUUGUUUUUGUUUUUGUAGUCUUUCUUCUGUGAGUAAGGCUCGACAAGGAUUCUGCAUGUUGUAGAAGUAUUAAUGUUGUAGUGUUUUACCAUUAAGUGGUAACUUCCUCAGGGCCAAGCAGAGACCUUUAGAGGGGCAGGCGCUCAAAACGGGCAUAACAAACAAAAAACGCCUUGACAAAAGGGCACUUUGGACAGCAAGGGGCAAAGGGGCAGGUGCUUGAGCACCCUCCGCCCCACCCCCCCCUGCACGUGCCUGAACUGCCGGUCAUGCCAACCACCACUCAAAAUAAGUAUUUUCUGGUUCUUGUGUACAUUUUUGCAAAUGCAAAUUGUGAUUGUGAUUGUGCAGAUUAUUGUGAUCACCCACAAUAUGUAAUCACACAGGUUUUGCGGUGCAAAAUACAACUUUUUAUCAGAAUUUUCAUCAUAUGAAACAAGUUGUGUAGGAAUAUAUUGCAUUUUGGAUGCAUGUACUGUUAUUAUGUUCAUUUGCUGACUAGAAAAGCCUCACUUUUUGGGCUUAUAACCCACAGUAGAUACGCUGAUGUGAAAUAAGUCUGUCUAACUUGGUCCAGGCGAUGUCACUUGCCAAUAAAAAAGUUGUCAGUUACAACACUUCUCCAUAGUGUUGUAUAGAUGGGGCUCCAAAAGAAGGCAGUGAUUCAAAUGAAAUUCAUCUAAGUCUGUGUAGAUCCAAAGUUUUAACAUUUAAUCAAAAUAAAUAAAUAGUUUUCUAGCAAGGCAAUUAGGAAGGAAAAUGUACUGAAAUGUACAGAAACACUCUUCUGUCUGACAUCAGCUCCAAAUCCUUCCGUAAACUGCAAAUGGUCCAAAACUCUGCUGCACGUCUCCUCACCAAUACCAAGUCCUGGAAUCACAUCACCCCCAUUCUCCGUGGCCUUCACUGGCUUCCAAUAAAACAACGGAUCAACAACAAAAUCCUCCUGUUAACUUUCAAAAGCCUGGGUCCUGGGGACCCACUGCCCUGCAUGUGCUGUCAUGUUGUUGUCAAAGAAGAUUGCAAUGACCAUAGCAAUGAACCUUUGAAAGUAAUUUUACUCUAAAAUAUGUUUAUGUUUACUAUGCACUGUUGGCAGUAGUAGCAGUCUGGGCUAAGGUCAAUACUGAGAGACAAAGGGAAGUACAAUGAGAACAGGGAUGAGCUCAGUGGAUAAAACUUAUUGGAACUAAUUAGAUUGCAGGUUUUUUCCAGAGCCAACCUCAAACUCACUUUGCUUUCCAAAGGCAAAAAAAAGGCUCUAACGACAGGGCACCUGGGGUUGAGACUUGAAACAAUGGGCGCGUCGGGUUUGGAAAUGCUCCCUCCCAGAGGAUGUUUUAGUUUUCUUUUGAUUAGGAAAUGACGUACACUUUACACCUUGAGUUCAGUGAAUUACUUUCAUGUUUAGAGUUUUCUUUAGCGAAGGGCCUAUACCUGCCGCUGUGACUGACGCAACUCUCGUCUAAAUGGUCGGUUUAAUAAAAUAUGGGGGAAGUACAUAACUCAAUGCACAAUGCAGCUUCAUGAACAAGGCUGGGGGUGUGAGGGGUGUGGGGGUGUGGGAGGGGAGGGGGGGGGGGAGUGUGCCACAGCACACUGGCAAGGUUCCUGCUGACCAUCUGAGACGAGAAAUGCUGCUGCGUGGGGAUAUGGAUCUGCCCUACAAAGCCUGCAGUAACUACGCAAAAAGUAAAGCUGAGAAACAUGGCUUUAACGUGUUUGAAGUGGCCAGCCCCAAUGGGUUAUUGGUAUGUAAGUGAUAUUGCACUAAUUGUAUAUGAAUUCAUGAGGUGAUUUUUAUGCCCAAAUACCAUGACGGCUGGCCGGUUAAAACACUUUAAAGCCAUUUUUCUCAGUUUCACCCUUUGCGUAGUUGCUGCAGUUAGGCUUUGUAGGGCAGUACGGUGUGUGGGUCCUGGGUGGGGUCAAACUGAGGGCUUCAACAGACUGACCUGUCUCUGUGAUCCCCCAUGAUCCUGAUCCCUGUCUGCUCUGGUUAUAAUUUGUACCAGUGGUACCUGCUAAAAAUGUUACAUGUUCACAUUGGUAAUUAUUUGUGCCUACAAAAGGUUGUAUACUUUUUUUUGUAUGACAAAUAAAAGUUGUUUGUAUUUUUGCAAA